UAACUGCAUCUCCUCCAUGCCGGACGCACGCAGACCAGCUCAGGUGAUUUCACGCAGGAUUUCUCAGAUGUGGGGUGGGGUCGCUUUGAUGCGCAACGAGCCAGCGAUGUGUCCACGCUAGCCUCAAACUUCAGUCAGCAGGAGGAGGCAGAGGGUGGCUUUGGUGAUCUGUUCAAGGGGAACUGGAAAUUUGGAUACUCCUACAUUGCACGUUACGAGUUUUGUUUUUUUGUUUUUUUUCCUUCUUUAAUCCAAGGAUAGAGCUUGUUCAUCUUUGGUUGUGCACUUCCUCUGGUUGAGAGUUAUGGCCUGGCCAUGCAUCACGCGUGCUUGCUGCAUCAACCGCUUUUGGACCGAGCUGGACAAGGCGGAUAUCGCAGUGCCUUUGGUCUUCACCAAAUACUCGGAUGUGACCGACGUCCAGCACAUCCCCCAUCACCCGCAGCUCAGGCAGAAGAGGGCCGCCGCGGCCAUCGCCAUAGAAACGCAGCCGCAUCCCGAAGAACGAGAGGCCGCCAAGGCACCGCCCGCUGCAGGGGGGGCCGCAGCGGCCAAAGAUGGGGGGUCCUCUGCGUCUGUGAUGCGCCAAGACUUCAAGGCGUGGAGAGUGCGCCCCGAGCCCAGCUGCAAGCCCAGGAACGAGUACCAGCCUCCGCCGGCUCCGUUCGGCAACGAGACACAGUACCAGAAGGAUUAUAAGCCAUGGCCCAUUCCCAGGAAGUACGACCACCCAUGGAUCCCCAAACCCAGUCCCACCGCCGGCUCCAAACUGGAGCUCGUGGCUAAAGAGAGCGUGGAGAACCCGCUGAGCGGCGUGGAGAAGAGCGAGAUCGAGGAGAAAAUUCAAGAGAAGGAGUCAAAGGACGCGGCAAGGAGGGAGAAGUCUGCAGAGAGGAAAGUGGCGGAGAGAAGCGAGGGAUCCGCAGAGGUGAGCGCAGAGAAACGGAGAGGAAGAGCAGCUGCGGAUGCUGUGAACAGACAGAUAAAGGAGGUUAUGUCGACUUCUAGCAGCUACAGGACUGAGUUUAAGGCGUACAAGGAUGUGAAACCAGCGAAGCUGAUCAAAGCUCCAUCCCAGUAUAAACCACCUGGAGAGGAGACCAGCCUGGAAACCAGCUACAGCGCCACAUACAAGGGGGAGCAGGUGAAGGCGCAGGCAAAUGACAACAAGCUGCUGGAGCGCCGAAGGAUACGCAGCCUGUACAGCGAGCCGGGCAAGGAGCCCGCCAAGAUGGACAAACCAGCGUCUCGCACCAAACCAAAAAAGGCUCCCACAACAGCAACUGCAAAGAUGGCAAAAAAAGCUAAAGAGAAGCUGAUUCCUGGUUUGGCCAAGAAGAAAACAUCUGUGAGCACACCGGAAACCACACCAGAGGGAACUGUGACAAAGAAGAGCAAAGAGAUCAGCAACAGACUGGCUGAAGCCAAGCAUUAGACAGCAGUUAGGUUGUAUGCUCUAAACAGUGUGAUAACAGGCAAUGAGAAGGAAAUGAUUUUCUUCCUUUUGGUUUAUCUCCUCACCUAUCGCCAGGUUACACGUAGGAUGUAGGAUGAAUGAUGUUAGGCUUUUAGAAUAAUGCAAAUAAUUUCUCUGUAAACUGUAUGUGAACAUAUGAAUGUUUGUGACUUCUUUGUAUUCUGGUACAGAUAACAGCUUUUCUGUUACUGAGCACAUAAUUUGCACAUGAGUUUCACUUGACAUUAAACUUGAAAAUGAGACAUAAGUAUGCUUGCACAGUACUGUAAAAAAAAAAAAAAAAAAAAA